GCAGCCUGGGGAGCGGAGCGUGGUUCAGUCUAUAGUAUCUGGACCGGACCGAGGCGGGCAGGAAGCACACUCGCAAGGCGGAGGAGAUGGAGGACAAAGAGAAAAAGAAGAAGGAUAAAAACUCAUCCAAGAGCGACAGAGUCACUCUGAAAAAAGAAAUUGGACUUUUGAGCGCUUGCGCUAUUAUCAUCGGUAACAUCAUUGGCUCUGGGAUAUUCAUCUCACCUAAAGGAGUGUUGGAGCAUGCAGGCUCAGUGGGGCUGUCACUCAUCGUCUGGGUAUGUGGAGGGGGGAUCUGUGCCCUCGGGUCCAUGUGCUAUGCUGAACUGGGUGUCACCAUCCCAAAGUCUGGAGGAGACUAUUCAUACGUGACGGAAAUCUUUGGAGGGCUAGUUGGCUUCCUGUUGUUAUGGAGUGCCGUCCUCAUCAUGUAUCCAACCACGCUGGCUGUCAUUGCUCUCACCUUCUCCAAUUACGUCUUGCAGCCAGCCUUCCAGAACUGCCUGCCUCCUUACAUCGCCACCAGACUCCUCGCCACCAUCUGUAUCUUGUUCCUGACCUGGGUGAACUGCUCCAGUGUGCGCUGGGCAACAAGGAUCCAGGAUGUUUUCACUGUAGGAAAACUCCUCGCUUUGGUACUCAUCAUAGUGGUCGGACUCAUCCAAAUCUUUAGAGGUCACUAUGACGCCCUGCGGCCCAGUGUGGCCUUUGAAUUCAGCCAGGACCCCUCAGUGGGACAGAUAGCGCUGGCCUUCCUUCAAGCCUCCUUUGCCUACAGCGGCUGGAAUUUCCUCAACUAUGUCACAGAGGAGGUCGUGGAGCCCCGAAAGAACCUGCCCCGUGCCAUCUAUAUUUCCAUCCCACUGGUGACCCUUGUCUACACUAUGACCAACAUUGCUUACUUCUCCUCCAUGACCCCUGAGGAGUUGCUGGCCUCCAAUGCUGUGGCAGUGACAUUUGGGGAAAAGCUGCUGGGGAUGUUUUCCUGGGUCAUGCCGAUCUCUGUAGCACUGUCCACCUUUGGAGGAAUCAACGGAUAUCUGUUCACCUCCUCCAGGCUGUGUUUCUCAGGAGCCAGAGAGGGUCACCUGCCGUAUCUGCUGGCAAUGAUCCACCUUAAGAACUGCACUCCAAUCCCCGCCCUGCUGGUUUGCUGCAUUGCCACUAUAGUCAUCCUGUGCAUUGGAGAGACACACAACCUGAUCAACUAUGUGUCCUUUAUCAACUAUCUGUCCUAUGGUGUAACCAUUGCUGGCCUCCUCUACCUCCGCAAGAAGAGACCCCACCUGGCCAGACCCAUCAAGGUAAGCUUGUUGAUCCCCAUCACCUACUUGAUAUUCUGGGCUGUGCUGCUGUGCUUCAGUCUGUACUCUGAACCAGUGGUUUGUGGUCUGGGAAUGGUCAUCAUGCUGACUGGAGUCCCUGUAUACUUUGUGGGUGUUCACUGGAAGGACAAACCCAAAUGGGUCUACAGGGUAGUCGAAAGAGUCACAUACAUGGGCCAGAAAGUGUGUUAUGUGGUGUUUCCUCAGGAAGACCCUUCAGAGACUGAACCCCUCACUGCCUCCAAAGCCAUUGACUGAGCAGUGCAGUCAAACCAGGAAUUCCUUUUUUACAUCAGCACCUGUACUUCCAGUUUUUGCAUUACAGUUUUUUACAUUGGUCAGUUUGUGGAUGGUGAAGAGAUGGUUUCGUCCAUGCUCUUGCACAGGUGCUGCCUGAGUGGGGCUGCGAUGAAGCUCCACAGUUAAAGAUGCAGAUGGUUACACUUAGGGCAUUAGCAUGUUAAACCCUAAAGCUGUUUUUAUUUGUUGGGUGGUACUGUUCCUCCGUUCUCCUCACCAGUAUACCAAGUUUCUUCUUUCAUACCAAUCUUUAUCUCAUCUUCUCUCCUCUACUCACUCAAACAACCUCCAUCUGUCAUCUUCUGCUUCACUUCCAAGAUAUUCUUCUUUUAUGACUUAAACUAAAUCCUUGAGCUAAUGUGCCUUAUGAAAUCUAUGUGUUGGUAUAGUGUGUUGGUUUGUGCGGGUAUUUUGAUUGUGUGAUAACUUUUUUGAGGUAAAUAUGCAAGCAGUUUCUGCAUCCUAGCAAUACUUCUCUAUUACAGCUGCUACCCUCAGCUCCAUUUUCACUAAUUAUUCACAUGAUGUUUACUGUUUAUCAACUGGGAAUGAGUAUUUCUCUGUCUCUAUCUGCCAAGCUACAGUAUCCGGCCAUUCUUUUAACUUUACACCCCCGUUCUGUUUUUAUAAUAUCACUACUUUCUCCUGAGAGAUACUCUUGGUGCCUUCAUGUUAUUACUGGAGAGAUUAUCAACACAGCACUCAUCGUUCCCAGCAAUAUUUACAGCACAGGAGAAACAGGAGGAUGAUGGGAAGUUUGUGGCUGUCAGCUGGACAAAUGGCCUCCUUGCUCAGAAAUGAAUAAGCUGCAUCAUUACAACACGUCGACAGGCUGUUUUACUUUUGAAAUGUCCAUAUCUUUGGGAAUGCCACUGUGAACUCUUUCAAGGUGCUUGACCUGCCAAGACAGUUAUUAGAUUUCAGAUUUCUCACCUGAUGUUAUGAUACAGUGCUUACCAUUAACAUGUUGGAUAACAUAACCAGAACCCAUGUUGAUGAAUAGAUGUUUACUUGUGCAUGAGCCUGCUCCCACUUCCACAAAGACACAUCAUCACAACAAUUACCACAGGCCCACUGACUUUCUAAAGAUCGACUGACUUAUUAUGGUACUGUUGACAUUCUAUAGUUGAAUUGACCUAUGACCUUAUGGACUUCCUGUGGUUCUGUUUACUCAAAAUACUUAUCUUGGUCACAAUGACAUACUAAGUUGCCCCCAAAUUCUAAUGGUCACAGCGAUGUCUGUACUGGAGUUGUGAUACCACCCGUGCUUCAGGUGGUAUUGGUGUUUACAUGUAUUUAAAUAAUCUGUUAUAGCACUUGUGUAUGAGCUGUUUAUGUUGUACAUACAACAGGAACAUAUGAGAGUUUGGGCCAGAGGCCUUUUUAACAUGAUGUAAACCAGCAGGUUGGAACUUGAACUGAACAUUCGGUCCUUUUCCAGGCCAGCCGAUUUCCCCCUGCUUCAAAUCCACUAGGAGACACACUUCAGACAACGUCUGCCGGCCACGUCCAGGCGCUGUUAGCUCAGUUGAGAUCUGUAAAUACUCUGUAAAGAAAAACAAACUGUUACAAGCGCCAGGGACUCUACAAAGAUCACAUUCCUCAGACAUGUUGUGAUACAUUUGCAUACUGUACAAUUGAUGGGUGCACCUAUAUGUUUUGUAAAAGAGUGUGAAGUUGUACAAGAAUAACAAUGUAAUUACUUAUUAAAUAUAGCAACUUCUAAAAUGCA